UCGCCAAAAUGUGUCGUCCAAGUUCUCUGAUUUUCAUCGCGCUGUGUGUAUUCUCGGUCAACUCCAAACCUUUGGAAACUCAGGAUGGACCUGUAACACCGUCCGCACCAGCAUCAGCUGUUCUGAAUGAUCCGGACGUCAUGGCAUCAUUUCUGGAGUUUUUGCAGCAGCACCUUAACGGACUAGAAACUACCUCAAAGGUUCCACCUGAGAUUCAACCAGUUACUACGCCUGUCGUCAUAUCUGAACCUCAACCAACUCCACCUGUCAUUACGUUGCCUGUACAAUUGUUGCCUGUAAACCCCGCUGAAACUCGAGUGAAUUCGUCGAUCCAGCAAUGGGGCAAUGUCAGGAUUGUCACUCCUACAAGGAUUAAUGUUGUACCUAUCCCAGACCCACUCACUUCGGAGCAACAGAGACAACAAGCCCUAAAUGCAAAGUAUCAAUUUUCUACAUACAUGGACGACAAUAUCAAAGGUUCUUUCCUAUCCAGAGCUGAAGUAAGAAGUGGACUCAAAGUUAAGGGACAGUACGAAUAUGACGAUGGAUUUGUUCACCGAACAGUUUACUAUGAAGCUGAUGAAAAUGGAUACAGGAUUGUUAGAGAGGAAACGAAACCCUCUAUUAAAACCACCCCUCUUGAUGGAACAGCAAAAGUACAGAUCCAUUUGGAUGGUACCCAAGUGGACUAUAAUAUUGCAAGAAAGGACGUUACCUCACCAACAAAAGUUAUUGUGUGAAAGGUAAAAAUUGAGGGAUUUUGACAAAAUCAGGCACAAUAAAAAA